AAAAACCAGUUCCGGAUUAAAAAUGUCUGCCACCGUUAAACAACAGCUGAAUCAGUUGAUCAGUUUGUCUCACUCAAGUGGAUCACACAAAGAUGUGACAGAAAAGUAUAAGCGCUUUAAAAUUAAUUGCAUAUUUAUUUUUGGAUACUUUCUUAAUUUAGCGUCUUGAGUUCUCAGCAAAUGAAUUAGCGUAUUUUGCACUUUUGGGUAGCUCUCUAAACUCUCUUCUGAAAUCUUAACUACUCUUAUUUUAAUUUUAUAACCAUGAUUCAUGAUGUCUAUACUAUGAUACUCGGACUCUACUCAUAUUAUGAUCAUGACCUAUCUGUACUUUAUACACUAUACAUACUAUAUACUACACUAUUAAUAAUUAGUACUGGUACUAUGCUAUACUUUUCAUGAAUCUUUUUUGGUAAAUGUAAAGGACGAAUGCCACUAUUUUAUCGAUGACCGCGACUAAUGCCCUAAAUCUAAAUCGAUCGCUGGCUAUGCCUAACCUAAACCCUAAAUCGAUCCCUAUGGCUAACCUGAACCCUAAAUCGAUCCAUAUACUAUGCCUAACCUGAACCCUAAAUCGAUCCCUGUGCCUUGCCUUAACUAAACCCUAAUUCACUGCAACUAUAAUAAACAAGCAAAUGACGCUGUGGCAUUCAUGCUUUACAUUAGCCUCAUUUUUUAUUAAUUGUUAUUUAUUUAAACAAAAAGAAAACAUUUCAUAAAUAACAUUCAUUCAAUUCAUCCAGUCCAGUAGUUUCAUUAUUUAAGCCUAAGAAUAUUAUUAAAAUUUAAAUACAUUACCAGUACUGUCUUUGUGUAAAAAAAUAAACAACCAAUUAACAAAUAGUACAACAAAAUUGGGUAAUCUACCACUUGAGGGGCAGUCAAGAAAAAAUCCAGUUGUUCCAGUUUGAAGGGCUAUUUAAGCAAUUAUUCUUAUAUUGAUAAUAUUGGUGUCCUUUAAUGGUUCCGCUUCCUUAUAAAGUUAUUUAGCACAAUACAUUUAAAUAAUUGGUAGCCAAAUAAUUAUUACUUCUAAGCUACGAGUAUGGCAGGAAGAAAAAGAGGGGAGACUACGAUAGUGCCGAUGCAUGAAAUUGAAGUGUUUGAUACUGAUCAGAUACGAAAUGAAGAAGUAUGGCGGCUGUCCACACUACUGCCAAAUUCGUCAGACCCUAAUUCAGCACUAGGAUGGUGUGUGCGUUGACGCCUGUUAAAAAACAGCAUGAUAUGUGGUGUCUGCAAUAGGUUGUGCAGGUUAAACAGAUACGCUCUAGGACAUGACAGUCUCACGUGGGCCUGUGUUGCAUGCAGAUAUGCCACAGUUGCAGAUGGCAUGUGAGGCUGACGACUCAAAUGUCACAAUUGUGAUGGACUGGUGCAAUUUUAUGCAGGAGGAGUGCGCAUCCUGGCUGGCUUGGGGGUUUCGACGAUCAAGGAGAAUCCAUUGUAGUUGAAUUCGAUGAAACAAAAUACUUCCACAGGAAAUACCACUGUGGACAGGGGAGAGAGGGUCACUGGGUUUUCGGUGGCGUGGAUAGAGAGAGUGGGCGCUGCUUUCUAAUUAAAGUGCCAGACGGACGUGCAACAACAUUACUAGAGUGCAUCAAAAGAUUUAUACUUCCAGGAUCACUUAUUGUAUCCGACAGUUGGGCGGCGUAUGCCAAUAUAAACCAAAUAAGACAUGGUAAAUAUGAAUACUCCGUUAUGGUACAUCAAUAAAAAUGUUUUGAUCCAGAUGACGCUGAUGUCCACACACAGAAUGUGGAAAACAUGUGGAUGCGCGCAAAGCGCAAACUGAAAAGACUGUUAUGCACAAGCCACAAUCUUUUCCCUUCAUAUUUACAUGAAUUUAUGUUUCGUUACCGUUUUCAUGGAAAUUAUAUUUUUUUUUAAACUUCAUUGUCACCUUGGGGGAGAACUAUGCAUAAUUUCAUUUUCACACAUUAAAUUGUUUAAAUUAAUUAAAUUCUUCUAUUUUGAUUUUUUUAAAAAUUAAAUUGUUUUAGUUUUCUAUUAAAAAAUAAUUGUCUUGUGUCAUUUGCAUAUAUAUAUUAUAUAUGUGCUCGAAUGAAUACGUACAAUGUCAUAAAAAACAAUAUAAGAAUAAUUGUUUAAAUAGCCCUUCAAAUCGGAACAAUUGGAUUUUUUCUUGGCCGGCGCUCAAGUGGUAGAUUAUUCAAAAUUGUUGUGAGACAACUCAUGGCAAAGAACAAAACAAACCUAUGCCAGUACCUGAAAUUAGUUAGACUGUAGGCCAGGGGUCGCCAAACUGCGGGCCCCCUGACGUCAGUUUAUCAAGAAAAAAAAUCUAUACAAUGUCGUGCUUUCAAGUGCUCAUAACAUCAUUAAUUCUUUUGUGGUAGCCAAUUCAUUUAUCUCUCAGAAAAUGUAUAGUGUGCUAAGGUUUGGAUUGCAAUUAAGCCUCUGAAAGCAAUUUUUAGUUUAUUUAUUGCUAAAGAAAAUAAGAAGCUUGGACCAUAGCUAAAACCAGUACAACUUAUAAAAUCUCAGGUAAAAAAAUUAUUAUUGACAAGUAAACAUUUAAAAAGGAACUGUGGAAUCGAUUUGUGUUGUAUAACUACAAAAUUUAUUAGUUCUGAUCUAUAAUCUGUAGCAUCUGUGACUAAAAUUCAGUCAGUCCUUGCCCAAUCUCCGUGCAUGGCUCGAAGUCUAACAGUAGGCCCACUUCAGUAUGACCUGGACUAGUAUCAGAUUCACUAAAAGAAGAUUCCGAACUAAGAUCUUCAUGGGGAAUGUUAAAAUCAUCUUCAGUACCACUUGAAUGCUCUCUAAAAAGCUUUCAAAAAUAUUUUUUGGUACUUUUACCCGAAGGCCGAGCCAAAGCUUCAUCCAUUUUAGUUAUAUGGACAAUGAACAGCGAUAUAAAACUAUGAUUAAAAAGUACUUAUUUUUAAGUUAUCAACAAACAGCUUGACCUGGAAGAUGAUUUAAUUAUUAAUAAAAGGAAGUGUGGCUCUAAUUCCGGUUAAAUAUUGGACUGGAAGUUGCUAUCUGACCGUGUUUUUUUAUCAGCCGAUUUUUUUCGGCCGCCACUGUACAGAAUUAAAAUAUCUACCUUUUUUUUCGGGCGACCACGGUCGUCGUGACAAAGGUUUGGUGACCCCCUGCUGUAGGCAAUCUCAUUUUCAAAGUACAUUUACAUAAUAAAUAAUUUGUGGUCGAUUAAUUUGUAAUUUUCUUAUAGAUUAAUUUUCUAAUAGAUGAAAUCAUGCUUUGGUGCCAGUCAGAACUGAACUUUGAUACAAAUGGUUCAAAUAACUUUUUGUAUUUUAAAUAAAAUCAAUAACUAUGUUUGAUUUAGUUUGGGCUUAGGCAAUAAUUUGGUGACUUCAUCUUAUUACUGAAAAUGCACAAGUCACAAGACUUUGGGAAAUUGACAAUAGAAACUUUAUUAAAUAUAGAAUUUUCAUUACUCUUUCUUGUUCAUUUGAUUUCAGGUACAAAGCCAUACUUGAGGGAAUCAUCAAAUCUUCUGGAACAGAACUUGUUCCGUCUCUUCAAGCAUUUAUUGAGGCCUGUAAGUUUUUAACCCCAUAACUGUCAUAACGGCCAAUAUUCAGCCGUAAUGCCCCUUUCUGUGGUGUCUUGGCCUCUCGCUAGCAAAAUCGUCAUGAAAAAUGCAAAUGAUUUAAUUUACGUUGGUUAAGGGGAAAUCACUCUGUAUAGAUGAGUUUGCUUCCUAUUUCCGUUAAUCUUUGUGUAAACAUGCUUUUAUCAGGGCUUGUUUUUGGAUUGAUUGCUCAGUUCUUUUGACUGUGAUUAUGUCUUGGUGCUGAGUCAAGAAGGCACCUCUGUAGAUUGAAAAAUCAACACAGACAUUGGAUUGAUUGCUCAGUUCUUUUGACUGUGAUUACGUCUUGGUGCUGAGUCAAGAAGGCACCUCUGUAGAUUAAAAAAUCAACACAGACAUUGGAUUGAUUGCUCAGUUCUUUGGACUGUGAUUAUGUCUUGGUGCUGAGUCAAGAAGGCACCUCUGUAGAUUGAAAAAUCAACACAGACAUUCUUUAUUGGAAUUAAUUCAAAUGAAAAGAAUGAUUUCAGAGAUAGUCCAUGUGCUAGUAAUGACAGUAUUUGCUCUCUAGCGUUGAUAGCAACAUAAGACAAUUUUAGUCCUAAGCUGAAUAGUAUCAGAGACCCUUACAAGCAUUUAUUUUCAGAAAGUAAUUAGGACAAGAUAUCUUGCGGUAUGAAAAUAACUUGUAAUUAUAUUAUGUCAUAUAUGUAUUUUGAUAUUGACCUUGACCUCUAUAGAUUGAGUAAAAUUUUACUACUCAAAUUCUGCAUUCAACCUACCCCAAUCUCACUAUUUUGGAAAUUUGUGAGGCGGGGGCAUUCGCUAAGGCAGCAGAGGAUUUAAUUCUUGAAUUCUGAAAUUUAAAAAAAAUAUGAGUUAAAAAAUAUUUUGUUUCAAAACAAAUUUAUGUUCUUUGUUACUUAAGAAUAUUUUAAUGCUCAUAAGUUUGAUUUUUCUUUUAAAGUGGUCAGUGAAGGUGUCAGUCUUGUAAUUUCACGGCAAAUACUCACUGACUUCACUGCUCAGCUUUCACGCAUGCCAGAUACGGUGGCUAAGGAAGUAUCUCACUUUACUCUUGAAAAGAUCCAAGCCCGGGUGAUUUCAUUUGAGGAACAGGUAUUAUAUUUCAUGACCUUUUAACAAUAUUACAUGAUUUCACAGAUUUUUGGAAUGUUAAAGUUCACAUAAAAAAGACUUCGGAGAUGGAUCAAUUUAUUAAAAAAAGUGCAUUAUUAAAAUGAAAGCUUAAAAAAAAUAAAUCUGGGAGAAUCUUUACGUGAAUAAAAGCUUAUAUGCUCUUAGCUGACAAUUACUCUAGAAAAGCCUUUUAAUUAUGUAGAACUUUUAUUUUUUUGAGAUACCAAUUUGUAUACCAUCUGUUUGUAAUAGGUUGCAGCCAUUAGACAACAUCUUGCAAGUAUUUAUGAAAGGGAAGAAAGUUGGAGAGAAGCUGCUAAUGUUUUAGUGGGGAUACCUUUAGAAACUGGACAGAAGUAAGUUAUGCGAAUGAAUGCUUUUUACAAAAUGCAGCCAUGAAAUGCUUUUUCUUCACUUUACUCAACUUGUAAUCAUCAUCAUGUUGUAGGUGUAUAAAAAAAUAUUAAAAUAAGUAAAAUUCCAUCAUGGCUAAUAACCUCUUGUUCUGGAAAUACAUUUCAAUUCAAUGUUAUAGGUUUUAUUUGUUUUCAUUUAAUUGUAUGAAACUUUAAGCCUGCACAUUUUUAUUAUGUUUGUUAUAAAAUGCUUCAUUCCACAGACAAUACAGUCCUGAUUAUAAAUUAGAGACGUAUCUCAAGAUUGCAAGAUUAUUUUUAGAAGAUGAGGAUGCCAAUCAAGCUGAUGCAUAUAUUAACAGAGCAUCUCUGCUUCAGGCAGAGUCAAAGAAUGAGGAACUGCAAAUUGUUUACAAGGUUUUUAUGAAAGCAUAUCCAUAAUACUAAUUUAUUUAAGUUCACGAUAACAUCUUUUUAUAAAUUGUUACAUUUUUUGCUGUCAGACAUUAAAUCGAAUCAUUGCGAAUGAACAAAAUAAUUUUUUAUGGUAAUUUGCAUUAAAAUAUUUGAUGAAACAUACAAAUUUAAUAUAAUUUUUUUUUUUUUCUGUUUACCAGGCCUGCUAUGCUCGUGUCCUAGAUUUUAGGCGCAAGUUUAUUGAAGCAGCUCAACGGUAUAAUGAACUUUCCUUCAAGAGUGUUGUAUCUGAAGAUGAAAGAAUGACUGCUUUGAAGAAUGCACUUAUUUGCACAGUUUUAGCAUCAGCAGGUGUGGUUAUACAAUAAUCUAAACUUCCCUUUAUAUCGGGAGCAUAUCUAGUCUACUGUUAAUGAAGUUCCUAUCGCUUGCAAUGUGUGCUAUAUCAGAAAAGGAAACCCUUUUUAUGGAAAAUAUACCUUUUAAAUGUUUUUGUGAUCAGCUCUUUACCAUACCGUAAUGUGUCACAAAAUAUCUCUACACCAAAACUUGCUCAAACUCAGGUUAUGAGCUAAUAUAGGAGAGAAAUUUGUCACCUCAUUUGAAAACAGUUGAUUUUAAUUUUAGCCAUGUUUAGACAGCACUGUAUAAACUCAUUUUAAAAUUAAAAGCAAGUUUGAAUGUUUUUUGUUUAAAAAAAAAUAUAAUAAUAUUUCAAUAAAAAUCUUUCUCAUAUAGGUCAGCAAAGAUCUCGAAUGUUAGCCACACUUUUCAAGGAUGAGAGAUGUCAACAGUUACCAGCAUACAAUAUUUUAGAAAAAAUGUAACUAUCUUUUUCUCAACUUAUCAUUAUUAAUAACUUAAAAUAUAAACAAUUUGUGGUGGUUAAAACCAAAAUGAAUUAAAACUUAACAAAUCUUGUUUUAUAAUUGAUUUCAAAUCAUGAUAUAUCCAAGUGAAUUUAUUUUAGAAAUAUUUAAUUUCAACAUACACGUAAUAUUUUGUAUUUUUAAAAGUUUUUAGUUACCAGUUUUGUAAAUCUUCAGUUAGUAUUAUCUUUCAUGGUAUUUUUUAAAUUUUGUUAAGUGACUGACUUCAGUUUUUAUAUUUAAAAAUAUAACUUUUGCCUUUUGUAUAGAUUUUGUAUAUUCAAUUUGUUGCUUCCCACACUAUUUUACUGGGUAUAUAUGUUUUACCUUAUAAAAUUUGUUUGGUUUAAAUAUAUUUGAUAAGGUACCUAGACAGAAUCAUUAGAAGCUCUGAUCUACUUGACUUCGCAGCAUUGUUACAGCCACAUCAAAAAGCCAUUACACCUGAUGGUAAUUAGAAAUUAGUAAUUGUUUUAUUUUCAUGUCCACCAGCAAACUGUUGGCUGACUAAUAAGAGCUCAUUGUCAAAUGUCAGGAAAUGGAAAUCAAAUUCUCUGACAAACAAAAUGAAUCAAAUCAGUUAAAAUAUUUUUUUUUGCUUUUAAGACAAGUAGAUAAAUAUGUUUCUUUAAAAUGCAUCUUUCUUUUAUAUGGCAACUAAAAUAAAUGAAGAAGCCCAGUGGCUUCAAUUUAAAUGAUGCUUUUUUGAAUUUUUGUCUAUUUAGAUAAAUGAUAUAUUCAGAUAACUGUUAAAAGUGGGGACUAAAUAUCAGUGUUGAAAUUAUUAGUUUCUUAAACUUUUAUCAUGUUAAAGUCAAAGCGUAUUAAAAGAAGAUAUAUUGAAUUAUCUAUUAGGAACAUGGAACAUUUUUAGAUUUAUUAUUCAAGAAAUAUCAAAUUUUGCUCAUUUAAAUUUUGUGUGUAUUUCUUGUCAUUUGUUUGUCAAGUGCAAUCCUCAAAUUCCGCACUCAUAUCUUUUAUGGGCCUAUUUUAUAUUCUAUACAAAUCAAUCUCAACAAUAUCUGUCAAGCAUUGAUAAUAUCAACAACGUAUGUUUCAGGCUCCACAAUAUUAAACAGGGCAGUAACUGAACAUAAUUUACUAUCAGCCAGUAAGCUUUACAACAACAUUUCUUUUGAAGAGCUUGGGUCUUUGCUAGAGAUACCUCCAAUAAAGGUGAGUGAGAUGUGUGCGCUUGGCUUAAGUUUCUGUUUCGAAAUUCUGUUUAAAAUUUAGUAAUAGAGUGGUGGAUAGGUACUGAAAUAGUAAGUAAAAGAUUGUCACAUAUACUUUUACAUAUUUAUGUUUUAUGUAUUUUCACUUGAAUGUCUAGACACAUGAUUAAACAAAACCUUGUUCUGUAUUGAAAAUUUUGAAUCAUUGUGCACUAAACAAGUCAUUUCAACCCCCUUAGAAAUUUCAUACCAUUUCUUUGGCUUAGCUGUUCCUGAACCAGGUGUAUUCUGAAGAUAAGCUGGAAUGUAUUAUUAAACUUAGAUUAUGAAUUUCCAACGUGUAUCGUCAAAUGGGUUCCUUAUAAUAUUGCUUUGCAAAAUGGAUUAAUUCUUUGGUCUUACAUAUAAUUUUCUCUGAAUAAAUAGAUGGUUGGAUCAAGGCACAUAAAAAAAAAAAUAUUAUUUUUAAUUUUCAGGCUGAAAAAAUAGCCUCCCAGAUGAUCACAGAAGGUCGUAUGAAUGGUUAUGUUGAUCAGAUUGAUUCCACCGUACAUUUUGAAGGUAUGUUUUAACACUCAGACACCCAAACUCUUAAAUUAAGGCUCACAGCCUCAUCUGUGUUUUGCAGAACUGAAGGCAGUCAAAUGUAAUUACUCUGAUAUGUACACUAACGUAAACAACAAAACAAGAAUAUGUGCUGAAGUCCAAUUUAAUGAGAACUUGUUUCGGAAGAAAACAUGAUACUAUGUAAAAAAAAGUCAUCAAAAUUAUAAAGAUUUAGCCAUGGAAAAACUAGAGUUCUGGUACAGAAAAGAGAUAAAAGUGCAAAAUCAUUAAUUAUGAUAACUAAUUGUGACCAUUUUAUUGAAAAAACUUAGUUCUUUAGUUUUUGUCAGUGCAUCUAGAAUUUAAAACAAAAUUCAUUGACUGUAUUAAUUCUGUCCACUUACUUCAUUACAGCCCGUGAAACUUUGCCCAUGUGGGAUCGACAAAUUCAAAGUCUUUGCUUUCAAGUCAACAACAUUAUUGAAAAAAUUUCCACAGCUGAGCCUGAAUGGUUUUCCAAAGCAAUGGAGACGUUUUCAGACUGAAUUAAUUUAAUGUCUAAUAGAUAACUUAAAUCAUUUGUAUUUGUUAAAUUAAUCAUUGAGAAAUGCAUGCACUUUUGCCUUACUGAUAAUACUACUCUACCAGAUCCUUAGCCCAACAGACUUAAUCAUUACUUCACUGAAGUGAAGAACAGAACAACACAACAACAUUAAAGUUCAUGAAAUAGUCAAUUCUUGUCGACUGAUAAAGUGCUGACACUCUCAGUGCUCUCGCAAAUGACAAACCCAUUAUUUUAUUAUUUAUAAAAAUUGUCAUUCAGAUUUUGCUUUCCCUAAUGUAAAUGAAUCUCUUGAUUAAAUUCCAGCAAUCAUGAUUACCAGCACUAUGGACAUGGGUGUCCUUACCUACCACAUAAAUAUCAUCACUACGUGUCUAGCUGGUAGAUGUGCAUGGUUGACUUCAGACUCACUUUUUUCUUACCUUCAUAAGGAUCUACGAGUUAGCCAUAUUUUCAACACCAUUAAUUAUGAUAACUCUCAUUUAUCUUGUACAUUUUCAAUUUUUGCAUUUUUUAAAAUUCUAAAUUAGGCUAAAAUAGUAUUUUUAUUCUUUGCUAUUAUUUGUAAUUUUUUAGUCUGUAACCCAGAAAAAAUAACUAUUUUUAUCUCUCAAGUGAAAACCAGUUGCGAUAAUCAAAAUUGGUUUACAAUUUAUAUUAGCUUAGAUAUUAUUACAACUAUUUUACACUACAAAUGGGGUGAAGGCUGCUCAGACUGAAUUUAUCAUGGACAUUCUUUAAACUGCUAAGUUAACAUUUUAUUUAAAUUUAAAAGAACAAAUAUUAAUAAAAAUACAAGUACAAGACCUGUGUAUAACAUAGGGGACAAACUCAGUGGUAUAUGCUAGAAUGUAACACCUGAAGUUGAUCAGAUCUUUUUACAGUUAUAAUGCUUAUUAGAAUGGUUAAAAAAAUACAUUUGUAAUAUUUUUGUAUACAUUCUACCAAAAUGACUAGCCAUUAGUAUGGUAUCAAAGAGAUGACUUUUAAGUGGUGAAAAUUACACAAUGCAAAAUGGAAAAUAUUACCAUAUGCUGGCAAUAUACUUGUAAAUCUGCCUACUAUUGCAUCAUUUUUGUGUUAAAAACUCCAAAAGAAACUAGACAGACCAUCAUUAUGUUAAAAAUUUAAUUAAAAUUUGACAUAUGUAUCUUUAUUCUAGUUUUCUUGUUGUGCAUCAUCAAUUUAAUUAUUAAAUGUCAAAGUUCUUGAUCUAUUAUUUUGUUUUUUUAUCCAAGUAAAACAUGUUUAAAAUGAUAAAAAUUCGAAGAAGUUUUUGUUAUCAUCCUGUGAUGUAUUGCUCAUAUAUCUUACAUCAAAUUUCCCUAAAUGUUUAAAGUUUUCUUGCAUUUAAUUAAAAAAUAAAAAUAACUUUAAGUAGAGUAUACUUAAUAAACUUGACUUAAACAUUACUAAUAACAUAUGUUUGUGUAAAUUAUGAUAUUUGUAAUGGAUACAUUUAAAAUAACUAAAUUGAUGAGGACCAAUGUCCAAG